UGUGACGUAUUUCCGCUUUCAACUUUCGCGUGCAUUAUGCUAACGUAGUGUUAGCCAAACAUGACUUAGUUGACUGUACAGAAGGACAAAAGAAAGACUAAAAGAAAUAGGUUUAUCCACAGUAAAUGGAAGUGACCACGGAGUUUCCUUUACGGGGGUUAGCGAGCUACAAUUGACGUAAACGCAUCAUUAUUAGGUAGAUUUACGUGAGUUAGCCAACUCAGAUCCAUCUGCUAUAAUAACAUCGACUGAGGGAGAGCGGCACCAUGGCCAACUUAGAGCAGUGGGUCAAUGACCGUCUCCAUGACAUCCUUGGGCUGAGCGACAGAUAUGUGUCUCAGUUUAUGAUCGGCACGGCACAGAAAGCUUCAAGUGCUCAAGACUUUCUGAGUCGUCUUGAGCAGACAGGCACUAUUGACAUUGACCAGAGUGUGAUUGCCUUUGCGGAGGACCUCUAUGAAAAGAUUCCUCGCAAGCAGGUUGCUGAGAAACCAUCCCGUGCAAUUGAACGACAAGCCAUUGAAAUGGACAGGAAGAAUCGGACGUACACCUUACUGGAAGACAGCGAAAGUGAUGGAGACACUGUGAAGGAGAAGCAGAAAGGAAAAAAGACAAGCCGGGACAGAGAAAGCAAAAGGAAGCACAUCAGACAAAAGAAAGAGAGCGAGUCAUCUAGUGAGGAUGAAGCACCUGAUAGGGGUAAUUCAGGGCAGUCUGCCAAGAAGGAAGAAGAGGAGGUGGAAGAAGAGUGGGAGAAGGAAGAGAGGGAAAGACUGCAGGACAUUGAAGAGAGAGAUGCGUUUGCUGCACGAGUGAGACAGAAGGACAAAGAGAAAACACGCAACAUAGCUGAAAGAACUGAUAAAAAGGCUUAUGAGGAGGCUCAGAAAAGGCUGAAGAUGGCUGAAGACGAUCAAAAAAAUAUGUUGCCAGAGUUGAGGAAGCGUUCUCGUUGGGAGUAUUUAAAAAAGCGAGAGUCGGAGAAGCUGGAGGACCUGGAGGCAGAGAUCCAUGAUGAGGAAUAUCUUUUUGCCAAAGAAAACCUAACUAAGCGGGAGCAUAAGGAGCUGCAAUACAAACGCACUCUUCGGGACCUGGCUAAAGAUUACAAGAAAGCUGGAGCGAAGGAACACGAGGAGCGGAAGAACAGAUAUUACAUGCCAGAAGAAACGAGAAACAAGGACGUGCCGCAAAGAGACCUUGAGCUAGAAGAAACUCCUAUGGAGCUGGGAGGAGAGCAGGGCCGCUGGGAGGAGGAGAGGCUGAAAACAGCCUCCCUUAGCUUUGGGGCCAAGAAGGAGAGAGAGCAGGGGAUGAAGCAGGAAAAGGAGAGGUAUCAGCUGAUCCUGGAAGAGGAUGAGAUGAUCGACUUUGUCAGCACUGCCAUUACUAUGAAGGGAACCCGGUCGGAGAAGGAGCAGGAGGCCCCAGCUCUCUCACAGGCAGAACUAAAGAAGCAAUCCAUGCAGGAGGUUCGGCGCAGCCUGCCCAUCUUCCCUUACAGAGAGGACCUGUUAGCUGCCAUCCAUGAGCACCAGAUCCUGGUCAUAGAGGGAGAGACAGGCUCUGGAAAGACCACCCAGAUCCCGCAAUACCUCCUAGAAGAUGGCUACACUAAAGGAGGCAUGAAGAUCGGAUGCACACAGCCUCGCAGAGUGGCAGCCAUGUCUGUGGCUGCUAGGGUGGCAGAGGAAAUGAGUGUAAAACUUGGUAAUGAGGUGGGUUACUGUAUCCGCUUUGAGGACUGCACAUCAGAGAGGACGGUGCUGAAGUACAUGACAGACGGAAUGUUACUUCGGGAGUUUCUCACUGAGCCUGACUUGGCCAGCUACAGUGUAAUCAUCAUAGAUGAGGCCCAUGAGCGAACUCUACACACAGACAUCCUGUUUGGUCUGAUUAAGGACAUUGCCAGGUUCAGAUCGGACCUGAAGGUGCUGGUGGCCAGCGCCACUCUGGACACUGAGCGCUUUUCUUGCUUCUUUGAUGAUGCACCUGUCUUCAGGAUCCCUGGGAGGAGGUUCCCCGUCGACAUCUACUACACAAAAGCUCCAGAGGCAGACUACCUUGAAGCAUGUGUAGUGUCAGUCCUACAGAUCCACGUCACUCAGGCUCCAGGAGACAUUUUGGUCUUCCUCACUGGACAGGAAGAGAUUGAAGCGUGUUGCGAGCUGCUCCAGGAAAGAUGCAGGCGACUUGGAUCAAAGAUAGCAGAGCUGCUGGUACUUCCCAUCUAUGCCAACCUGCCGUCUGACAUGCAGGCCAAGAUCUUCAACCCCACUCCACCCGGUGCCCGGAAGGUGGUGGUGGCCACCAAUAUAGCAGAAACCUCACUGACCAUAGAUGGGAUCAUCUACGUCAUUGACCCGGGCUUCUGCAAACAGAAGAGUUACAACGCCCGCACCGGCAUGGAGUCGCUCAUAGUCACGCCCUGUUCACGGGCGUCGGCAAACCAGAGAGCUGGCCGCGCAGGCAGAGUGGCUGCUGGGAAAUGUUUCCGGCUUUACACAGCCUGGGCCUUCAAACACGAGAUGGAGGAAACAACCGUGCCUGAGAUUCAAAGGACCAACCUGGGGAAUGUAGUCCUGCUGCUGAAGAGUUUAGGCAUCAAUGACCUUAUUCACUUUGACUUCAUGGACCCACCCCCCCAUGAGACUCUGGUGUUGGCGCUGGAGCAGCUCUAUGCCCUUGGAGCGCUCAACCACCUGGGGGAACUGACAAAGCUGGGACGCAGGAUGGCUGAGCUACCUGUGGACCCCAUGUUGAGCAAGAUGAUCCUGGCCUCUGAGCAGUACAAGUGUUCGGAGGAAGUGUUGACGAUAGCAGCGAUGCUGUCGGUGAACAACUCCAUUUUUUACCGGCCCAAGGACAAGGUUGUGCACGCUGACAACGCCAGGAUGAACUUUGUGGUGCCAGGGGGAGACCAUCUGGUGCUGCUCAACGUCUACACACAGUGGGUCGAAAGCGGCUACUCUACCCAGUGGUGCUAUGAGAAUUUUAUCCAGUUCCGCUCUAUGAGAAGAGCCCGCGACGUCAGGGACCAGCUGGAGGGCCUGAUGGACCGCAUCGAGGUGGAGGUGGUCAGCUGCCAGGGAGACUGCAUUCCAGUUCGCAAGGCAGUGACAGCUGGUUAUUUCUAUCACACCGCACGACUUAGCAAAGGUGGCUACAAGACGGUGAAGCACCAGCAGACGGUCUACGUCCACCCCAACAGCUCUCUGUUUGAGGAGCAACCACGCUGGCUCAUCUACCACGAGCUGGUCUUCACCACCAAGGAGUUCAUGAGACAGGUGAUCGAAAUAGAUAGCGGCUGGCUGCUUGAAGUGGCUCCUCAUUACUACAAGAGCAAAGAGCUGGAGGACAGCAGCAGCAAGAAGAUGCCGCGCAAGCAGGGCAAAACCAAAGAGGAGCUGGGCUGAUGAGGGUCCGGGCUCAUCAAACCCAAGCGCAGCAUCACACGUCCCUCGUCCUCAGUAAAAGAGGGAAAAUGACUUUCAAAAGAACGAGGACGUGUCCAGGAACGUAGGUGUUUGGUACCAGCUCAGUAACAAACAGCGACGUGAUUUGUUUUCACGUGUUGUGAAAGCACUGAUAAGAAUCACUGGUGUUGAUUUGGGGCCAGAUUUGAUGACACAGAAGAACACAACGCCUUUUACUUUCUGACUGUUUUAUUCCUAAACCAGCUUCGUCUGCUCCAAACAGUAAAGCUCUGGGAUCUGAGCUUCCAUCAGCGGCCGCACGGACUCACCGCCGGCUUUCAGUUGGUUUGAGCUUGGCGCGUUUCUUUAUAUGUCAGUAUAAUUGUGUUCAUUUUCAGUUUUAUAGCGCAAUAAACAUUUACAAAAUGAUUUCAAA